CGAAGGUAUCCCCCGAGUUAUUUUUGUUUAGGUGUUAUCCCAGUAUGCUAAUAAUGGAUAGAAGAUUGAAAACGAGGCACAGACAGAGAGGGAAACUCUUGCAGUAAUACUAGAUUAUAGCUUCACAGAUUAAUGCGAUGGAGAAUUCAACAUAUCUACCAAAUCCACUGACUUCACCAGCUUUAAUGGUUCUGGCUUCAACUGCCGAGGGUCACGAGGGAGGACGCUUGCCUGCUCCCCCUCACCCAUACCCCACAAAUUCUGAAGGAAAGGAUAUGGUUUCACCUUAUGGAAAUCCUCCAUUCACUAUGUAUAGGCCUGGGGAUCCAUUUCCCCCACCCAUGUAUUCUGGAGUACCUCCAUUUGUGCGGCCAGACCGAAACAUGGGAAUCAUGCCACCAGUAGCCACCAGUGCAUUUAGACCAGUUAGCACAGACUCAGAAAGUUCCUAUCACUCGGCAUUUGGACCGUCGGCCAAAAAACCUAAAAUAGAAACUGGGUCGGCUGAGGAGGAAGAGAGAGAGGAGGGGAGUCCCAGAUCUGCUACCUCUGCUCACAUCAAGGAGGAGCGCCCCAACAGCAUCAGCUCUACUACAAACUCAGAGGGUCUGUCAGACGGUGGAGAAUUUGACCGAGGAACACCUGAUGAGGGGCGUAGCCUCAGAAAGCUGAGAAAGAGGAGUGCCUUAGAUGGGCAGACCCCGUGUUGUCCAAUCUGUGGACUGACCCUGAGGAGUGGGGAGGUGGACUCUCACAUAGCUCUGGAGGUGGAUCGUCUAGAGAAAAUCAUGAGAAGUGGUAGAAGGUCAAGGGACACAACUCCACAGGGCAGAAAGACUUUAACUUCUCCAUCUGCUCACAGACAGAGGAAGGACUCCCCAUCUAUUGAAGCAGCAUCCCAGUCCAGAUAUGAUACAUACAUGCGAAUCAAGUGCAAUCGCCAAUCAAGACUUAGUGCGAGAAGUAGGAACCGUAAGAAACGUCCAGAUGAAACUGUUUGUCCUGUGUGUAAUGAAAGAGUUGUCGGGUCACCAGAGGAACUCAAUGCUCAUGUGGAAAUCUGCCUAAAAAGGAAAACUGAUGAAGAUGAGCCAGUGGAUGUAGAGGGAGAUGAGCAGUGUGAGGAGUAUACCUGGGCAGGACAGACCCGAAUCAGGGCCACCACAUUGUUACAGGGAGGUCUGGGAGGUUCAGGUUUCCAGACAUACAGCAGCAAGCGACAAAUGGACGAGGACAUAGAUCUGGACGUAGACGGGGACGAUUCCAAACAGUACGGGGAACCUCAAUUUAGUGAGGCAGACAUAAUACCUUGCUCCUCUGAGGAACCUGGUGAGGACAGAGAGAGGGCAGCCCUCCGAGGAGCUAUACUGGGCUCUUCAUCUUCUACAGCUGAGGUCAAUACAGAUUUUCAAGUCGACUCGGACAGUCCAGAUGAGAAUGGAACAGAUACCUACACACAAAAUAGUGCUGAAACAUUCUCAGGCUCGGCAUCAGAAGUCAUUGCUGCUUUAAAACUAAAAAUCAAGGAUCAAGAGAAAGCAAUAAAGAAGGAUAAAUCAAAAUGUCUUAUUUGUAUGGAACCAUACACAAACCCAUUGGCUUCCAUUCAGUGUUGGCAUGUGCAUUGUGAAAACUGCUGGCUGAAAACAUUAGGUGCUAAGAAGUUAUGUCCACAGUGCAAUAUGAUAACAGCGGCCCGGGAUCUGAGAAGGAUUUAUCUGUGAAAAAGUAGGGCCCUGGAUAGAGAAAACGGUUACAAAGACAACACUACUGGCAUCUGCCUCUAUAGCUGUGAUUAUAUAGUGCUUGUGAACCAUGUGCAAAGACACAGAAUUCACACCUCAGAUUUUAAAUUAUGCAAAAUAUUAAAUAUUAAAAAAAGAAUAUGAGAUGUAGAAUGUCAGAAAUGUGAUGUGUGGGUGAAAAAUAUAAAAAAAAAAAAAUGCUGGUGUAGAUUUUCAUCCUUCAUCAUCACUGUGUAAUUUUGUUUUGUUUCAUGAAAUGUAUUAUCUUCAAAUUUUCCAGAUACAUGUAUACCAUUUUGACUUUGAUUUUUAUGAUUAAAAUAUGAUGCUUACUAGUUAA